AUGGGUUCAAACCCAGAUCCUCCCUCUUCUGGGGGCCUUGAAACAAAGAAGAGACGACCAAUCCUAUCCUGUCUUCCGUGCUAUAGGCGUAGAGUGAAGGCGAGUUGUUGUACCUAUCUACGUGCCCUGCACUUCUGGCUGACAAGUAUACUGUUGCAGUGCGAUCACGUCAUGCCCUGUACGCCAUGCUGUCUACGGGGCACGCCUAAGGAUUGCAAAUUUACGGACGAAGGUCGCAAUGCAUAUAUGUUGCAGUCGGAAUUGGUCAAGAAGAUAACGGAGGAAUGUGCAGACUUGGAGCACAGACUCGCAGAACUAGAAAGGGUUGGACCCGCCUCGCAAUAG